ACAUCCGCUCUACCUUUACCAUGAUACGAUACACGCAAGAUGCUAAUUUGGAUAGUCGAGACAUCAUAAACAUUAAACUUAGCCCACAGUGUAUUGUCAAACGCGCUUACUUGUCAGUAACAUAUAAGGUUUAAGGUAGAAUAACCUUUACUUGUCUGUAUUAAAGUGGGGUUUAUUUAAGACUCGAAAGCAUUUACAUAUGAAACAUGUUGUGACUCCGUAAAAGGUAUCGUUCGAGACCGGAAACGGAGUACUGAAAGAAGCCAUGGAUAAGGAAACGCUGAUGGAUGUCUUGCCCUGGUUCGUUGUUGGUGCGGUCAUCGUUAUAACAUUCAUCGUGGAAUGGUUCUCUCGUGUAGCUGCGAUCAAGCGACGCUAUCAGGUUCCAGGACUGAACAGAGAAUCAAUAAAAGAAGGAAACCUCCCGCGAAUGGUCGCGGCCGGAAGCGUGCACGCGUUCCUAGAGCAGCUGCACGCGCAGUUCGGGCCCGUUGCCUCGUUCUGGUGGGGUCCCAGGUACUGCGUCAGCGUCUGUGAGCAGGGGGCCUUCGAGCAGUACAUCUUCGGUGUCGAACAUAAGCCAGCGGACAUAUACCAGCCGCUCGAGCAUGUUUUCGGCUCUGACUGUGUGUUCUUUACACCGGAAAGUGAUGUCGUCGCCAGACGUAAUAUCUACAAUAUUAGUUUUUAUAACCAGACAAGUCUCGAGAGGCACUUCAGAUGUUUCCAAAGGGUAGCAGACGAGAUGCUGGAAACAUUAAAACACGUGACGGAGGACGAUCACGUGGCCACCAGUGACGUCAUGAGUUCAUACGCGAUGAAAGCAGUUCUGUACUCAUUGUGCGGUGACACGACCUUGCCAGACUCUGACAUCCGGUUCUUGCAGCAAACGUCCGCAUCGAUCUGCAGUUUGAUCGAAGAGAUGUUAUUGAAGCCAACAUCAGAAGAGCGCUCCGCCUUGAUCCGAACAGAACAAGAGAAAAUUCGCGAUCUUCUGGGCGACGUUGUUUCGGAUCGGAAGGACCAUUCACCGGAAGCUGACGACAAGCUAUUUAUUGACCACGUGAUUGACGGCGAGGUUCCUCUGAGCGAUCUUAUCACAUACCUCCUCCUCGGCUGUUACAAGACUUCUAACUUGCUGUCCUGGGCCGUUUACUACCUGUGCAGACAUACGGAUGUACAGAGCAAACUUCACGAGGAAAUACAGACGAUUCUUGGCGACGAACACAUGACGCUUGCAUCGAUACCGAGGCUCGAGUACAUGCAGCAGGUCCUCAACGAAACCAUGCGGCGCUCCGCACUGGUCCCGUGGACUGCGCGAGUCAAGGCUGGCCCAUGCUUGCUAGGCGGAUACAAGGUACCCGGACAGACUCCCGUAAUCCUCGCGCUAGGUAUUGCGGGCAGAAAUCCAGAGGUCUUCUGUGAACCAGAAAAGUUUGACCCAGAUAGAUUCAGUAUUGAAAAUACUCAACUUCAGAAGCCUUUGUCGUUUGUUCCAUUUGGGUUUCCCGGAAACAGGAAGUGCCCAGCGGAUCUAUUUUCAUUUGCGCAUGCAAGUGUUGCUUUAGUGACCAUCUUACGCAACUUUCGGAUCAAAAUGGUGACUGAGCAGGACGUAAAACCUAUGCAUGGAUUUGUGACUAUUCCAAGCGAGGAAAUAUGGUUGACACUUUUAAAAAGAUAACCGGUCCAUUUCAUUGCGAUUACCUAGUGUUAGAGUUCACAUUACAUUUAUAUGAAUUCAGGCAUAAUUUUUCAAAAAAAUGUAACGAAUAUAAGGUUGUAUAUAAAAUAAGUGACAUAAUAUAUAAAAAUACCAUAGAUAUAUUAACAAAAAUGUACAUACAUGUUCCCUUGUACAUACAUGUUCCCUGAACGGUUUCACUUUGCGCACGAUAUAUGUUUGACCAUUGAAUUACAAAGGCUAGUAUGUACAUGUAUUGCAAUGGCUAGUUUGUACAUGUAUUACAAUGGCUAGUUUGAAAAUGCAUAACGUGCAGAAACGUUUUAUAUACUCCAAGCAUUAAUCAGUAUUGUUUAGUCUUAAAAGCCCAUAAACACUCAAAAUCAACGAAUAUUUCGUUCAAUAUUUCGAAAAAUAAAGUUAACACAUAAACAAAUCAAUGUUCCUUAUAGCAAUAGCCAAAAUUUCAACGCUAGAUGUGGUCUGGUAACAUUGAUUUUACGAGAUACAAAAUGCUCGUUUUUUGUGUAACAAUAUAUUACAUGUGAAUUUCCGGCUACGAUAUCCGAACAGUUACCAGAGAAAGCGAGAUUUGCUUCAGAACAGCCUUAGAAGCACAAUGUAGUUCUCGUGAAUACGUCUUUCUUCGGAUAUCGAUCGUUGCGGGAAAUUAACAUGGAAUUGUCGCACACAUAAAUUAAAAACGAGCAUUUUGAAUAUCGUUAAAUCUAUGUUGCCAUACCUCAUCAAGCGUUGAAAUUUUCGCUAUUGCUAUAAGGAAACCAGAUUUUGUUUUAUAGGUAAACUUUAUUUUGCGAAAUAUUCGUCAAUUUUGAGUAUUUAUGUUACUUUAAAUGAUGAAUAAAAUGUACAAAAUUAA